UUUAAUUUUUUUUUUAAAGCGUGUAUGUUACCACUUCCGGAUUAUGAAGUUUAACGCCCGCCUUUUCCUGCGCGACGUCACUGACCCCGCCCUCUAUUUGGAAAGUCAUGGGAGUGCCAAAACAUAGGGCAGGACAAGGGAAUCAAAAUGGGAGACAGCUUCCACGAGCAGUUAAAGACAGACAGCUGGUUCCUGAAGUCGGACCGGCGCCUGGACACCGAGCUGGUGGAUAAGAUCAUUCUGCAGCUGAACAGAAUCUACCCUCAGAUCCUCACUGACAAGGAGGCCACCAAGUUCCGGGAUCUGGACGUACCCACAUGUGUGCGACUUGCUGAGCUGCUCACACACCUGCAGGAGAAAGGGGAGGAAGCGUGCAGAGAGUUUUACCGUGCGCUUCACCUGCACGUGGAGGACGUGUACUUCAGCCUCCCUACACGCCUCCGCCGACGCCUGGAAUCUGUGGAUCCGGGGAUGAGACCUGCCGUCAGACCCACCGACAGAUACGCCUUAAACCAGCAGGGUCCGCUGUUCUUCCUCAGCUGUUUCAGUGCAGCAGUAGGAGUGGCCUUGCUGUAUUAUUAUGGAGAUGUAAAGGCAGCGUCGGGUUCGAGCAGCGCUCUGGGCUUCGCCGCUCUCGGGAUCGGCAGGAAGGUCCGAGAGGUUCUGAUCUGGUACACAGAAGACGGGCUGGGGAGAUAACCUCACGCCGUUACAGUUUUUAACAGUUUUAUACUAACGCACUCCGUGUGCCCGGGAUCAUACGGCGGGUUUUAAGUGCCUUACAACAUUUGUUUGUUUGUUUGUGUUUAGUUUAAAGGAUCGUAUACAUACCGUAAAUGAUAUAACGGAACAGUUUUCAAACUUCUCUCUGGUUAACUUUUCCACCAGAAGUCUAGAUCUCUAGGUUUUGUUUUCUCUCCAGGUGUGAAUGCACGCGUCAGAGCCGAGGAAACACUGCGCCCGGACACCACCGAACCCGAAAACGAAAUGUUUCCCCUCGUAUACGCGUGUGUGUCCUCACAGGGACUUCCUAUGCACCGAUCUUAUCCGAAUCUAGGCGUGUGCCGAUAAUCAGUCGGUCAGUACGUCGUAAAAAUAUCACCAGGGCAUUAUCGUGGGCACUGUAGCUAACGCUACAAAGACACUACGAGACCUGACCGAGUUGCGUCUGUAACCCUGCGUUCGAUCGUCCGAGGUCGUUUCCCCACGUCAUACCCGUACGUAAUCCUACUAACGUUACGAUCAAAUGUUUUCAGAUGACAGCAGCGCGGUGAGGCGAUCCGGAUAAAGACACACCCCUGGAGCCGCAUUAGAGAUUCCUCGCUUGUCCCGGCGAACGCAGGCUCCAUCUGACAAAACGUCAAGUACUCCACUAAAUAGCUGCAAGUAGCUGAACGUACACUAAAGCCGUCGGCCACACGGGGGCGCCGAGCGCGCCACGCACACGUCACAAGCCGUCAACGUCGCCGCUUAGUCGUUUUCACGAUUUUGUGAAUUGACUCGAAAUUGUAGACGCCGUAAAACACGAUUACGAGCAAAUCGUUAAACACGCUUACCUCAGACCGCAGGGUUAAAGUCACGCAAACGACACGGGGGCCAGUCCAUUAGGCGCUCAUGCUAAUAACCUCCUGCUUAUUCCUGCUCCUCAUCCGCCGUGUCAGAAAGCAUGACGUUCGACGUCCUCAAAUAAACGAGGCGUUUAACCAAAUCUGAGGUUUUACCUAAAUGUUUAUAUUCCUAUGAAAGUUUGUUCAGACUCGAAUGCAUUUCAUUUAAGAGCUACAGCUCUACACGGCGCUCACGUGACACUGUGCCUUAUCUUGCCUAUUGUUUUUGUACCAAUUUUACCAAAGCUGAAGCGUUUUACAAAAUAAAUCCAUCCGAACCCCG